AUGGGUGUAAAAGCCAUGAACUGUGACAGGAGGGAAAACAACGUCUUACUUCCCGUUCCCGGCCCUGAUUAUUCCAUCGACCACGUCAAGUACAGAUGCGAAUGUUCUGAUUGUCAAGACUCCUCAGGCAACACUCGAUCCGAUACAUCGGCUGCGUUUAAAUGGUAUUUCGAAACGGACGGUCAAGGAACUCUUCACUGCGAGGAAUGUCACUGUCAGCCCCCUUACAUACAAUCGGAGAAGAACGCUAGGCGAACGAUCAAGGACAUCCGCAAUGACGCUACGACGGGCAAGCUCGAACUCCGCCAACUUGAUCGGUCGGAUUGUUUACAUAAACAACUGGGUGGAUUUCUACAGUACUGUAAACGAGUCUUCGGCUUUGAGGUACUAGGGACCAAACAAGAAGAGAAGGCCAAGUCUAUCAAGGACAUCAAGGCCGCUCGUCUAUCUAUUGACGAUGCGGAAACUCCAAUCAGCGAAGCAUCUCGCAUUGGUGACGACUCAUUUGCCAACACUCCGUUCACCAGCGCUCUCUCUAUCGACACCAGUGCCACAAGUGUCGAUUCUCUCCCUGGCAGCGUUGCGGGUCCUAGCAAGGCGAAGCCGAUGUCGACGCCCACGCCUAUGUCAAAAUCAAGCAAGCGUAAGGCUUUAGCCCCUCUCGACUAUGAUUCUAACGCCGAGAGUCUGCAUUCGAAUCCGGGUCUCUUGUUUAUCUAG